AUGGUCAAUUCUCUCAGGCCUACCUCGACCAGGUCUCCCUCACGGCGCGCCUCCGUCAGACACCCCACACCGCCCCCCUCCCAGCUCUCUUCGACAUCACCGCGACCGCUGUCCGACGAAAAUGAAGCCAUCGAGACUCCGAAACAGAGCGACCGUCCGGCCAAACGCCUCAAGCUGACGCUCAAAGGUCCGAAGCUAGCUGCUGUGCCUGCUGACGUUGUUGGCAACACAAACGCGACCAUCCCGUCCCCGAGACCGCCCGUCAAGCUGACUCUCUCCGAGCCACAUGGGAACUUGCUCCAGACUACGAAUGGUGUGCGCAAGACUCUGGAUGUUACCGAAGACCCAAUACCCUCCAACACGUCACCAGCUACAACUCCGGCUUCAGCUUUGGAUCCACCGCAAAGAGAGACUCGAAAGACGUCAGAGAGACGUAGUCUGCGCUCGCAUGAUGAAGGUCCACGACUGAAGAGCGAGCUGGCUGUGUACUUUCCAAACUAUGAGGAUAUCAUAUACGACUCCAACAAAGAACCGGAAUUCAUCACUACAGAUACCAUCAUUCAUAUCAGCAAUGAGCCGUAUAAUCCUGCUCAAGACCCGAACUACAAACCAGACACCUUGACUUCCCAUCCAAGAACCCAGCGUGCCUCUGCUUCUCCUACGAAACCGUCGUCCCCACCAAACCAGAAGAAUAAAUACAAUGGAGCUCAAGUCAUUGACUUCUCGUCCAUCGAGAAGAGUGUCGGCCAUCAUCCGAAAGACCCUUUGACUGAUGCCUUCUACUUUCCAUCUCAUCGUCGAGCAGAGCGCAAGGAGAAGCAAUUGCGCAACAUCGAGAAGGAGAGGGCCAUGCACGAAAAGGCCCACCUUGAAAGACUCCUCGAAGCUUUGCAAGGGCAUGACUGGUUGCGUGUCAUGGGUAUCAACAGCGUGGUUGAUGCAGAUGCGAAGAAAUACGAGCCCAAAAGAAAGUAUUUUGUUGACGAACUGAAUGCGUUGCUGUUGAAGUUCAAAACAUGGAAAGACGAGGAAAGGCGGAUCCGGCAGGAGAAGGAAGCUGCCGCUAUGGCCGGAGCAGAGGACGAAGACGAAGAUGAGGACGAGGAGAGUGAGAGCGAGCCGUCUUCGAGUGACCUGGACGCUUCUGCAGCCCGUCAGCUACAGGUUGAAGCUUCCGGAGGUGCUAAAGGCGGGAAAGAUGGCAAAGCUGGAAAGCUCCAAAGCAAGACGAAAGCCUCUGCGCCAGUCCCCGAACCUGCACCUCCACCUCCAGCACCACUCCCGACAACAUAUCGGGAGCCUACGCCGGAUGGACCUUUUGUGAGCUUCUACUCCAAGCCUCAUAUGCGGGCGUCAGCACUGGGAACUACACGACAUGGUCGAAGUUUGACAGCCUUCGGCGUUCCGUUGCCUGAGGUUGAGGAACAGGACUUUGCUCUGCCCGAGGACUACGUGACGCCAGACGCACUGAGAGACAAUGCUAGGAAACGCAGGAGGAUGAAGAGGGAGAGUGCAAUGGACUCAAGCAAGUGA